GUUACUCUCUCUGAUGCUGGAAGCUACAGGUGCUUCAUUCCAACACUGACCAGCCAGGUGAAGAACACCACUGUUCAACUCUUUGUUGGAGAACUACAGAAGGAGGUGGCACACGAGAUUCAACCAGGAGACUGGGUCUGGAGAGAAGAAACUGGAAGCAGCCACGGUGGGAGGGGCCAUUCCAAGUACUCCUGGUGACUGCCUUCGCGGUGAGAUUAGCCGAAAGAGCUACCUGGGUGCAUAUCACACAUUGUAAGAGUGUAAGACACAGUGACCCUGUCGAACAAUCACAGGAGUAGGAGAGGAACCGUGACCCAUAUGGAACGGGGGUCAAACUCCUUCUGAAGAUUCCCUAUACCCGACCUUUCCCCAGCUGGGAGCGUUCAUAGAAGUGAAGUGAUGGCUUGGCCUCUGGCUGUUGGUAUGUUCUCGGGGAGAGGGUGGGGCUUCACAUGUGCGCUGACCGUCCUGAGCUGUUUAAUUGUGGGGGCCAUAUUCCUGAUCCACCAUGACCCCCCGGAGAAUGCCAAAGAGAGUAACUUGACUCAUGUGCUAGAUGAGGGAACUUUGAUGUUACCAAAGCAUCUCAAAAGGUCACUGAAACAAAACAGUAAGGAAGUGAGAGUGGAAUUGGGCAAGGAUAUCUCAGUCGAAUUCUAUGUAGACCAAAUGGGGUCAUUCACUCCUUGGUGGUCAAGGACCAUGGGUCUCUAUGGGAAGUAUUUGUGUAAAUCACAGUGUAAUUCAUGGAGCCAGGUCAUAGCUCACACUGAAAGGGAUGGCUACGUAAACACAUACACCCAAUUUGGGACCAGAUGGAGUACAGUAAGGGUUGGUGUUUCGGACUGUGUUCCCGAGCAGAGGAAGUAUUGUACAAAGGUGCGAAUUAACAUUAAAGCGGUCAAGACCCAGGAUCUCUGGUUAUGGUAUGUAGGCUUCGACCAGUUUUCAACUGAUUAUAUGGUACCGUUCCAGGUGGCAGAGGUUAGAGUUGAUAAGGAGAAUGUGAUCGGUCGGAGUUCAACCAAUCUCUCUAACACAACGGCUACUCCUAGUGUAAUCAUCCAGGGUAAAGGACCAGUACGAAUAGUUCAGACCAAAGACCUUAAUGAAGUUAUAGAGGUGGAGACUGGGUUUUGGGAUUCCAACUAAUGGUUGGAAUGGAUUCCAUAUACGGACAGAUCAGUAGCUAAAGAAGAAUGUUAUGCCUGUGCCACAGCUAAACCUCAGUAAACAACUAUCCCUUUUCCACUAAACGGAAUUAAUUCCCCUAAGGGAAUGGCCUGUAUGGUAAAGCUGUUCAUGAAAGCAGGAAUGCCAGAUAAUGACAGUUGUAUUGAUUUGCACUAUUUAUAUCCCCAGGUUCCCCUUUAAAUCAAGACUUCCUCCCUUCACAGUGACCAGAGGAGAAUAUUACUGUUUGGCCCGGUACAGUACACAUGGGAAAAAUGUGGGGGAAGUUAGUACCUGCAAUAGGACAGAGAAUAUUACCACUGACGAGACCAUGUCUGAUUUGACAGGCUGGUUGAACUCUGGGGAUUUCAACAAGGUAAAGUGGGCCAGGGCUGACAUCUGGUGGUUGUGUGGGGGAAUGAUGUUAUGGCCAGUAUUACCGGCAGAUUGGACAGGAUUAUGUGCCCUUGUACAUUUGGGAAUGCCUUUCACACUCAUUCAACACCAAGACAUGAAGUUAGCCAAACGGGAGAAAAGAGGUACUCCAUCUGGGUCUUUUGAUGACAGAGUAUAUAUUGAUAACAUUGGGGUUCCACGGGAGGUGCCAGAUGAGUUCAAAGCAAGAAAUCAGAUCCUAGCAGGAUUAGAGUCAAGCAUUUUCUGGUGGUCUACUCUCAAUAAGAACGGGGACUGGAUUAAUUAUAUUUAUUAUAAUCAACAGCGCUUUAUCAAUUAUAUCAGAGAUGCUAUUAAAGGUUUGGCAGAACAGACUGAAGCAACCAGCCUAAUGGCUUGGCAGAAUAGAAUUGCAUUAGAUAUGUUAUUGGCUGAAAAGGGAGGAGUAUGCGUGACCUUCGGGAACAUGUGUUGUACUUUCAUCCCAAAUAACACAGCUCCGGACAGAUCAGUGACCAAACCCUCAGCUGGUUUGACCACCCUGGCUCACGGUUUGGCAGAAAACUCUGGGGUGGAUAUCUCUUUGACUAACUGGUUUGAUAGUAUGUUUGGAAAAUUGAAUUUUUUUAUGAUCACUGUGUUAUGGGCUACAUUCACCUGUGUGACUGUUUUAGUUUUAUGUGGCUGUUGUCUAAUUCCCUGUGUACGAGGCCUUAUUUCCAGGACUCUGGAGAAAUCGAUGACACAACAGAUGGUGAGGUACGGGCCGAUUCCAGGUUCUGACCCGUAGAGUGCUGAAUACUGAACAAGUGGACAAAUCUGGAUCCUUCAUUUGCGGGGAAUUUAUAUUUGAUUUAGGGAGGUUAGGUUGUAUCUUGUUUCAAUACUGUUUUUUUAUGAAGAUUGUAACGAAAAUCCUGAUAAGAAGAGUUAUGAUUCUGAUGUAGGCCUAAGAAACAGUCAGUGCGAAUGCAAGUAGUGGGUUAUGUUUAGGUGAUGUUUUGAUGACAAGAAAUAUCUCUAAUAAAAAUAGAAAUGGGCUUUUUAAUAUUUUAAUAUAACUACAUGUGUGAUUGGAUGUAUAAUAUUUAAUCAAAGGGUGGAUAUGUUAAGGGGAUUUUUAUCAAUAAUGACUAAUUAUGUAUACAUUUCAAUCAGGACUGACUAAUCAGAAUACUAUUAUGUUACUGUAUAUGUACUAAUCAGAAUACUAUUAUGUUACUGUAUAUGUACUAAUCAGA